GGGGAUUCUGGGUACAUAUUUUUCCAAACCGUCGUCCAGCUGUCUGACCGAGCGAUGUUCCUUUCUUUCGACACUAGAUGACAAAUUAUCGGACGCGGGUACGACUUUCUGUGACCCCUGAUAAAAUAGCCGAGAUACUUCAGCGAUGCCGCUGUUCGGAAACAAGUUUUCGCCCAAGAAGACGUCACCACGGCGGUCAGCCUCACUAUCAAACCUGACCACGAUCGACGAGGCGCAGAAGGCAGCAGAGUUCGGGCUGGACUAUGGACCAAUCAGGGUGAAGCUGGGAGGCACCGAGAUCCAGUAUCAGGACGGACAGUGGAUCUCAGAGGGUGGGGGGAGUGGAGUCAGCCAUCGGGAAGUGGUGAAACUCAAGAAGGACAAACAGAAGCUGGAGGAGGAGAACAACCUGCUCAAACUGAAGAUGCAGAUUCUAUUGGACAUGCUUGCAGAGCAGACCUGUGAGUCCCACCUACUAGAGAAGGAGGUUCAGGAGAUGCGGGGAGGGAAGAGCAAGAAGAGAUGAGAUCAACAGAUUGUUUUGUGCUGUUGCUGCCAUAAGACUGAGGUGGACGCAAGUCCUCAGCUACAGCAUCAUCAUAUGACAAGUCCUGUCAUAAUACUGAGUCAGAGACUUGGAGACAAUGCCUGCAACAAGUAGUGUAUGUGUAUGCAGGACAUUAUACAGCAUUUUCCAUACAGGGCAGUGCUUCCAACUUAACUUUCCAGUAGAAAUGCAGGAACAAUUCUACAGAGACUUCUCAUGAGACAUGAAGGAAAGGUGGCAAUUAUACUAUUGACAAGACUUUUGAUGUCCUGUCAGCGUUUUCCAUACCUAUAACCAGUAGAUUCCAGACCAUGUUGUCUUUCUCAAUAUGUAGAUUUGUACAUACUAGUAUACAGUUGUUACAAGUUGUUUUUCAUGUACCAGCCUAUACAAAUGUAUAU